UCUCUCUCUCUCUCUCUCUCUCUCUCUCUCUCUCUCUCUCUCUCUCUCUCUCUCUCUCUCUCUCUCUCUCUCUCUCUCUCUCUCUCUCUCUCUCUCUGUGUGUGUAUGUAUGUAUAUAUAUAUAUAUGUAAAAGACACAGCAAUGCUGAUGGAGUUUUUUAACACUUCACUGUCACUGUUGGACUGAGAAUAGUCCAACCAUAAAUAACCAGCCAACAGCACCCCGUGGGCAGCGUCCUGUGACCACUGAUGUAGGUCUAGAAGAUGACCAACUCAAACAGCAGCAAUAGAUGAGCGAUCGUCUCUGACUUCACAUCUACAAGGUGGACCAACUAGGUAGGAGUGUCCAAUAGAGUGGACAGUGAGUGGACACGGUAUUUAAAAACUCCAGCAGCGCUGCUUUGUCUGAUCCACUCAUACCAGCACAACACACACUAACACACCACCACCAUGUCAGUGUCACUACAGUGCUGAGAAUGAUCCACCACCUAAAUAAUACCUGCUCUGUGGGGGUCCUGACCAUUGAAGAACAGCAUGAAAGGGGGCUAACAAGGCAUGCAGAGAAACAGAUGGACUACAGUCAGUAAUUGUAGAACUACAAAGUGCUUCUCUAUGGUAUGGAACAGAAUGAUUUAAUCAGUUUUACAAUAAAAUGUUUUAUUUUGACUUAAUACAAGUCUUACCAAAAGUGUAUGUGUGAGAUCAUGGUACGUUAGCAGGCAAUACUGGUUUUAGUUCUUUGUCCUUGCUUUCUUUGGAUUCUCAUACUAUUUUUUUAAAUACAUUUUACUUAAAAACACAUUUUAAAACAUGAAUACGAUGUUAUUUUGUAAAACACGAGUUUCUAAUGCUAUUUUAUUCUUUUUUUGUACAUUUGUAUUCAUUUUUACCCACUUUUUUGAUCUUUUUAAAAAAAAAGGAGACUCAGUGGGCACUGGAUUCAAUAGGUAUUUAUAUUUAUUUAGGAAGUUUUGUGUUUUUCUUUUGCUAAUCGAAUCUUAUGAAUCGACUGUAAAAAAAAAAAAAGAAUCAUUUAAUGGAGCCGAUUCGUUCAGGAUUCACUCAGGCGUCACCACACUGUUAGAUGCAUGAAGAAUAAAAAUGGCGUUCUGAAGGAGGAGUUUUUGCAAACCGACGUUACACAGGGUUUUAAUAAUGUCUGUUGCCAAAGCAAAACAGGCCAUUUUCAACCCGGUAAUUCCUUUCACCGGACUGAUCCCAGUUGGGCUUCAUCCUGGAGAGAUGGUUGUUAUUCAGGGUUACGUUCCUGCCGAUUCUGACAGGUUUCAGUUUGACCUGACGUGUGGCAGCAGUAUGAAACCACGGGCCGACAUCGCCUUCCACUUCAACCCACGCUUCAGAAACUCUCCAUGCAUUGUAUGUAAUACCCUACAGCAGGGUAGCUGGGGCAGAGAGGAGAUCCUCGCUCAGAUGCCCUUCAAUCAGGGAGCAUCCUUUGAAACUGUUAUUCUCGUACGUGAAGAUGUUUUCAACGUGGCAGUAAAUGGAGCUCAUGUCCUGGAGUAUCAGUACAGAAUCCCUCUGCACAAGGUGGACACACUUUCUAUAUCAGGAAAGGUUCGAAUACACACUAUUGCCUACAUCCCAGACUCAGCAGUUUUUACAGAAUCAAAUGAUUUGAGUAUACCUUACGAGGGCAAUAUACUGAAAGGACUCAGUCCAGGGCAGCACAUCACAAUCAAGGGCCAUGUCAGUGUAUUUCCUCACAGUUUUUCUGUGAAUCUGUGGUGCAGCCAAUCAGAAAAUAUUGCUCUACACCUGAAUGCACGAAUGAAAUCAGCCAUGUUGAUGCGCAACUCGUUUAUAAAUGAUUCGUGGGGGCCAGAGGAGCUUGAACUGCCUUUCUUCCCCUUUACUGCUGGGAAGUACUUUGAGUUGAUCAUGCUUGUCCAGGCUCACCAGUUUAAAAUAGCUGUGAAUGGAGAACAUUUGCUGGAGUACAGACACAGAGUGCAGGACCUGAGCUCCAUCACCAAGCUAGAGGUACUCGGAGACCUGGAGUUACAGGACGUGAAGUUCUGGUGAUCAGAAGCAGGACAUCACUUUAUAGCUUGGGUUUUUAUUUUCCAAAUAACAAAACAUAAACAUGACUGAUGGUCAUGCCCAUAAUCCCCUGAUGAGAGCCCUGCAUGAGAGAAAGUGCUCUUCAAAAGAACAUUACAUAGAAAAGAAAUACUUUAGUGUUUUAUUCUAAUCUUUACUUACCUCGACUGUAGAGUAUGGUUGAACCAUAGAUAUACUAAAAACUGAAACCCUUUACCUGAAAAACACUUUUGUCCACUUUAAGGUUAUGUGGAAUGUCUAGGGUUUUAAAUGAUAGUUUUCUUCACUCCUAAAUUGAAGUGUCACACUGAGCACACUGUAUAAAACAUGGCUUGGUUAGUGCCAGGAUAAAAGUGCAGCUAAGGAAUGAUAAAUCCAUAAAAAAAUAAAUACAGGAUAAUCACACAAACAAAUUCAGUCUACACCUAUUCAAAAUCAAGGAUCAAAGCUGUUUUGUUUGCUUAUGUACAACCUUCCAUCAUAGGUGAAAUAUUGUAAAAAAAAAAAAGUGGAUUUGUUUUCUCCAUGCAUGAUCAAAUCCUCAAAUCCACAAUAGUACACUGUAAAUGUUUCAAAAAUUAUUUUAACUGGAAAAAAACACAAUCUGUUUUUAAUAACAGAUUUCCAACAUAAGUUUCUAGUUAUUAAAAUUAUUAUUUAAUAAAUAAAAUUGUUUUGCCCUACACAAAGUUAAAUAAAAAGAGAAUUGUUCAUGUCAAUCAGACAUAAAUCAACAAUUGAGUGGAUAAAGUUUAGGUUAAAGCACUAAAGUAAUGUCAAUCAAAAUAUUUAAGAAUAAACUGAAAUAUGUAGAAUUAUACUUUAUUGUGUAGUGAAUAGUUAAUAAAAUUAAAAUGAUUAUAUAUUUAUUUAUAAGAAUAUUUAUAAGAAGUGGUUACUUACCUGCCUUAUUUGCCUGGAUGGAGUAAAGUUACCAUGACUGGUACAGUUUAUUACAUAAAGAGACUAUUAAAUAAUGCACAGGGUUAUUUGUAAGUACAGUGGAUGACAAAUUAUGUGAUGAACAGCUUACUUAAAUGCUGUUGUGUGAUACUAUGUUGGGACACUAAAGGCACAACAAUAUGCAUUUUAUUUUUAGAUGUGUCCACAACAGGGGUUAAAGUGUAAAUCAAAUAGUUUUGCUUCGCUUUAAGGUUUUUUUUGUGGCGUGAAGCUUAAAGGACACUAUCACAGAUUAAAAACAGAACUGUUUAGUUAUGGUUUUAUUUUAGUCAAAACUAGUACAUGCUUACGAUAGAGCUUAACAGUGAGGGUUCAGAGAUAAAUGAGCUUUUUAUUUUUCAGUUUGAACCUAACAUGUCUCACCAUGAGCUGCUUGAGCUAAACAAAGCAUUUGCUUAAGUACAAGCCAUUAGUCUUAUUUUAAGUAUGUAUAAAACUGUGCAUCUUUGUAGAUCUUUAUAUAAAAAUAAAAAUAUAUAUAUAUGCA